AACUUUGUAAUAUCCAGAUCAGACGGACCGGUUAAGCCUGACCAUAUCUGGAACACUGCACUAGAUGCUUGUGGUCUGGUGACCCCAAACUUUGGAUAUCUUUCCACUCAAUCUACGCAUGGAGAUAUACGUGACCUUGCUCCUGCCUCCAGGACCAACCAUUUCGGACCUCCGUCGGGUCUGGCUAAGCAAUCAGUUGAACGUAUAUCAAACCUCGAUCGCGAUGCCAGGAAUGAGUAUUUGCGAGAAGCUCGUCGACAUGGUCUGUCCUACAAGGACACCAAACAUCACGGUGACUCUACUGAAGCCGAGUCCACUCUGCGUGGCCGUCAUCGCAUUCUGUCCAAGCCUAAGGAGAUGCGUGUCAGAAACCCGCGAUGGAAUUACCCGCGACUGGGAACUUACCAGAGACAACAUCAGGAAAUCCCAGAGUUGCCUUUUAUCCAGAUAAUGCAUACUUCUGCCUUUACAUAUACUGCCGCCCGCGGUGCCGCUCAAGUCGUCCUAAGUCUCGAAAAGCAAAGCAGAAAGAUCUGGCCCAGCGUCUGA